AUGGAGUAUUACGAACUAUACAAAUUAGAUGAAACUAUACCUUUGAAAAAACAGAAUCCAUUCGCUCCUAAACCUCCAUUUAGAUUAGGAGUUGCGGGCACUUCUGAGUCUGGAAAGACGGCAUGCGUGGUCAUAAAAUACCAAAAGGUGGGUGCAAAAAUUUUGGUGAAAGCCAUGGAUAAGCAAGCUCCAUGGUAUGAAAAUGUGAGAUUCAAGCUGAUCGCGCCUGAAGAACUGAUAUUGCAUCUUUCAAAAGAACUGGUCGAUUUACUGUUAGUCUUUGAUGAUCUUGCCGGAGAACCUUUGGCAACUCAGCUAAAAAUUGUUCCUUUCUUUAGAUCAGGCAGACAUGAAGGAAUUAGCUCAAUUUAUAUAGCCCAACGUUUUUAUGAUAUCCAUCCAAAUAUGCGUGCAAAUCUUAAAUAUAUUUCAUUGCAUCGUGGAUGUGGAACAUUAGUAGUAUAA